AUGACUUCGAAACUGCUUCCUGUUAUUGAGAAGGUUCCUCUCAAGUCGGGCUCUCAGGAUUAUGAGAACCUCCGAACAUCCAUCUUGGAAGAGUUUGCCAAUACAGUCCCACAAGAUUUACAUCUUCCAAAGGAUCUCAUCGACACUCCUCCCAGGAACGUAACCAAUAUCCCACGAACGUGCGGCAUCCUCACUGAACAAGAAAUCGAUAUCACCGAGAACUACGAUGCAACAGCACUUGCCGCAGCCAUCGCAUCCAAGAAGUUCUCAUCCGUGGCCGUCGUCACAGCGUUUGCUAAAAGAGCAAUCAUUGCGCAUCAGCUCACAUGCUGUUUGACGCAGUGGUUCAUGGAGAAGGCUGUUUUGACAGCUCAGCGCUAUGAUGACUAUCUCGAAAAGACGGGCAAAAUUGUUGGUCCUUUGCACGGCGUCCCGAUCAGUAUCAAAGAACAUAUGCCGAUUAAGGACCAGUGGUCCAAUGUUGGGUUUUUAAAUGCACGGGUUUUUGACAGGGACGAUUGCCAGAUGACGGAGAUUCUUCGCAAAGCUGGAGCCAUCUUCUACUGCAAGACGAACCAGCCUCAGGCUAUUAUGCAUCUCGAAACUACAUCGCCUUGGGGCCGAACGUUGAACCCACAUAACAUCAACCUUUCGUCAGGAGGUUCUACUGGAGGUGAGGCUGCACUUAUAGCUCUCCGGGGCUCGGUCUUGGGUGUUGGAACAGAUAUAGGUGGCAGCGUUCGUGGUCCAGCUGGGUUCUGCGGUAUCUACGGCUACAAGACCACUUCAUACAUGUUUCCUCAGAAAGGCUUUCUUCCUGCUGGGUUCGCGGCGGAGCUUAAUGUUCUUUGCUCGGCUGGACCUAUGUGCACUUCACUACGGGACGUUGAUCUGAUGAUGUCCAUCAUCUCAGGUUCCAAACCUUGGCUUAAGGAUCCACGACUUAUUCCCAUUCCUUGGACGGGCAAACUGGCCGAGAAGAAGCCUCUCAAGAUCGGCAUCAUGAUGAAUGAUGGUGUCAUCACUCCACAACCUCCAGUCACGAGAGCCCUCGAGUGGGCAGUCAGCGAACUACGCUCUAAAGGGUUCGAUAUCAAAACUUUCCAGCCCUGCGGAGCGAAGGACGCAAUGGAUGGUAUUCGUCGCGCAUACUGGCCCGACGGCGGUAAAGCGGUCAGAGAAGCUCUAGAAGCCAAACAAGAGCCAAUGCACGAUUUGACCCAGUGGAUUCUCAAAGACGCCGAAGGCCCAGGCUUAGACGCAGCGGGUAUUCUCAAACUUCGAUUAGCCCGCGAUGACUUCAGAUGUCGCUUCGCAGAGCAUUGGGAGGCCCAGGAUGUUGACUUUGUCAUAUGUCCAGUUUUCGUUGGGCCAGCAUGUUCGCAUGAAACAGCAUUCUACUGGAACUACACUGCGUUUUGGAACUAUGUAGACUAUCCUGGUAUUGUUAUUCCUACGCCUAUCAAGGCUGGUGCGAAGGGUAGCGAGGAUUAUCCUGCUGAUAGUGCACCAUUGAGUAAAGAUGAGGAACAUGUGAGGAAGUUAUGGGCUGAGGGGGAUUUUGAAGGUGCGCCGAUUAAUUUGCAGGUUGUGGGGAGGAAGUAUCAUGACAAUGAUCUUUUUGCGGCGGUUACCGAGAUUGACAAGGCGAUCAACUCUUCCUGA